CAAUAUUAUUGAUUUGUAUAUUUAUAUUUUCUUUCUUUUUCCAAAAGAAAUGUUAUCGAACUAGACUAUAUACUUGAUCUAAAGUUACGACAGGCAGGCAAUGACGCUAUAUGUAUCUCAAACUACGCCAAGCUGUCUCAAAUUCAUCACUAAUAACUACAGAUCAUCAAAGAUAUCUACUGUGUUAAAGAUGUCAGGUCAAACUCCGCCGCCGUCUAAAUGCACGAUCGAUCCCUACAAAUUUCUCCAAAUCACCGUCAACCGCGACGGCACAAUCACCCGAGAUCCCAACAGAUAUCCAAAUUCGUUACCCUCAGCUGAUCUUAAAAGCCCUAACGUUGUUCUCUCACAAGAUAUUCCGAUCAACCAGCAAAAGAACACAUGGGUCCGUCUCUUUUUACCACGACUCGCAACUCCACCGUCACCGGAUUCUUCUACUUACGGCUACAAACUCCCUCUUAUAGUAUACUUUCACGGUGGAGGAUUCAUUAAUUGCAGUGCAGGGUCAACGGUAUUUCAUGACUUUUGCUCAAAGAUGGCUUUAGAAGUCUCUGCUGUUGUGGUCUCCGUUGACUACCGUCUUUCACCUGAGCACCGGCUUCCGGCAGCCUAUGAUGACGCCGUGGAGGUUAUACACUGGAUCAGAAACACUCAGAUCGAUUGGUUGAGAACACACGCUGAUUAUGAUAGAUUUUUCAUUAUGGGCAGCAGUGCUGGGGCUAACAUAGCUUACCAAGCAGGGUUACGUGUGAGUGAAGAAAUUGAUCAUAAUCUUGAUGGUUUAAAGAUCCGAGGGCUAAUAUUGCAUCACCCGUUCAUUGGUGGGGUCCAGAGGAAGCAGUCAGAGGUGAGAUUAGUCAACGACUCUCAUUUGCCACAGAGUGUGAGCGAUCUGAUGUGGGAAUUUGCCUUACCAAUUGGGGUUGACAGAGAUCAUGAGUAUUGUAAUCCAACGGUUGACGAUGGAUCCAUUCUGUGGGAAAAUAUCGAACGGCUGGGAUGGGAAGUUUUGGUGACUGGAUGUGAUGGGGACCCGAUGAUUGACCGUCAGAUGGAGGUGGUGGAAAUGCUAAAGGUUAAAAAUGUAAAAGUUGAAAGCCAUUUUAGGGAGGGAGGUUAUCAUGUUGUGGAGCUUAAAGAGGCCCCCAAGGCCCAAGUUUUGUUUGCUUUGAUGAACCACUUUAUUGGUUCUUCAACAUAGAGGAUAAUUGGGCCUUGGCCUGUAAGCUAAGCCUAGAAUAACUCUCUUCUUCUCGUAAUAAAAAUUUGAUCAAUAAUAUAAUUGCGAUUGUUAAUGUUUCCUUGUUUGUAUGUACCUAAUCCAUUGUGGGGGAAAAAAUUAUUAGUACUA